AUGGCGGUUCUGUCCACCAGCAAGCAUCUGCCUCUGCCGGAGUCGGGCUCCCUACGUAAGCGGAUGUUGCUGGCCGUGGUCGUCCUCCUGUCCCUCUCCUUGUGUUUCGUAUUGGCCCUCAUCAACACUUUCAUCCACCAUGAGCAGCAGCAUCACCAUACCUUUUAUGGCACCAACAAGUACAUUGUCGUUAGUCUAGCCGAAGUUAUCAAACUGGCCUGUUGCAUCUCUCUAUACGUGGCCGUUACGAAGAGAGUCUCUGAUGCAUCCGACCCCGCCUCACGGUUUGGCUUGGCGACGGUCGUGCGUUACACUACUCCAAAGGAGGCCCUAGCGUAUUGCAUCCCCGCGGUUGUCUACCUUAUAGAGAACAACAGCAUCUUUGUAGCUCUUGAUUUACUGGAUUCACCGGCAACUUUUCAGCUCUUAUUGAAUAUGAAGAUCAUCAUCACAGCCCUCCUGUUCCGGUACUUCCUCGGCCGCUCUCUCUCGACAGCCCAAUUUGUUUGCACAGUCCUUUGUGCGAUUGGUCUGUGUAUCGCCGUGAUUGCAUCUGGGACGGAGUGGCAGCAGCAGCAGCAGGUGGUGGCGGCCGGUGAUGAGGGCCUAGACAGGCAAAGCAGCCGAUGGGUUUGGAUAGGGUACCGUUGCUCGUACCCUCGAAUACUAGGUGCCAGCAUAGUAUCAGGGAUCGCCUUGAUAUCCUCCUUCUCCAACAUAUGGGUUGAGUACCUCUUCCAAGACCGUGACAAGGAGAUCCCCUUCCUCCUCCGGAAUUCGAGGAUAUACAUGUGGGGAGCGCCCCUGAACUCAAUAGCCGUUGUCGCCGCUGCAAUCGUGACAGGGGAAGCGCCUACAAUAGAGGCAUUCAAAGCGGCUUUAGGGGCGGUUGGCAGCGAGGCGGAGGGGAUCUCUCGUGUUCCAUACGCGAAGGUACAUCAACCUGGGUUGAGUAGGCUCAGUACAAUUUCGGAGGCCAGCGAUGAGGGGUCAGAGAUGUCCAUGGGAGAGAUCGAAUGA